CACUGUCAAGCAGAUAUCACACUUCAAGCUGCAACUGGAAGUCAGAUGCGGUUAGAGCUGGAUAUGAUUUCCAAUAUGGCCUUUCAGCGAUGGAUGUUGGUGGUAGCGGUAGGCCUCUUCUCUUGGAGUGGCAUGCUCAUCGUAAUGACGAAUGGCCAAUCUCUUCCAGCAGUCAUUUGCGCAAAUGGGAACUCAUCUUGUACAAUCUUUCCAGCAUUCGGACCUUGGGUAGAUCGCAAGGAUUGCAAGGCUGCAAGAGUUGUGUAUCCCACAACAGAAAAGGAGCUCGUUGCAGCUGUGGCAGAAGCUGUCAAGGCCGGGCAAAAGUUGAAAGUGAUCAGUAAGCUUUCGCACAGUGUCCCCAAGCUCGUCUGUCCUGACGGUGAUGAAGGUCUUCUGAUCAGCACGAGUGAAUAUAAUGGUAUCACUGUCGACAAGGAGCAGCGCACUGCCACCCUCGGUGCAGGAGUGAAACUCAAGACUUUCUUCAACACCAUUGCCAAAGAUGGUCUCGCCUUCCCCCACUCGCCCUACUGGGCUGGGCUCACCAUCUCGGGUGUCAUUUCCACUGGAGCCCAUGGGAGCUCGAUAUAUCAUAAAGGCUCUGCUGUUCAUGAGUACGUGGUGGGGAUGAGGAUUGUUGUUGCAUGUCCUGCUUCUGAAGGCUACGCCAAGGUGAUCACGCUAACUGAGAAGGAUGAGGAUUUGAAGGCAGCGAGGGUGUCCAUGGGGCUGCUGGGAGUGAUCUCGACGGUGACCUUGGAACUGCAGCCUCAAUUUAAGAGAUCCUUGACUUUCGUGCAGAAAAGUGACGAUACACUCGAGAAGGAGAUUGUUGAGAACGCUCUGAAGUAUGAAUUUGGAGAUGUUGCCUGGCAUCCGGCAGCCCACAUGGCGCUUUACAGGGAAGAUUUUCGAGUCCCGAUUUCCACUCCCGGCAACGGAACAAACAAUAGCACUUCCUUUGGCUUCCUUCCGAUUGAGACGACGGUACAAGCAAGACUUCUAGAGGAAUUCUUCGAGGCGACGAGGAAUGAAUCAGGAAAAUGCAUUGCAGGAUCAGCGCAGAGUCAGAUCUUCAUCUCGAUCGCCUUCGGGUACACGAACAAUGGCAGCUCGUUCACAGGGUACCCGAUUGUAGGAUAUCAGAACGACAUGGAGACCUUCGGCACCUGCGACGAAGCACCUUUUUUGAAUGGCACUGGGUUUGCUUGCACUUGGGACAGGCGAAUCAAUGGCACGCAAGCAUUUGAUAUGGAUUUGCACAUCCCAUUCAGGCACAUAGGUGACUUCAUCAGGGAUGUCAAGGAGCUCGUCGCUCUGCGGCCCACCAGCCUCUGUGGAGCCGAGCUGUACAAUGGCAUCCUCAUGCGCUACAUGAAGAGAUCUGUCGGAGCUCACCUGGGCGUCACUGAAGAUGGUGUGGCCAUGGACAUUGUGUCUUACCGCAGCCGCGACCCGAAAGUGCCGACCUUGAACGGCGACACUUACGAUGAAAUCGAGCAGAUGGCGCUCUUCAAGUACAAGGCCAGAGCUCACCUGGGCAAGAACCGACCAGUGGGAUUCAUCGAUUCGCACAAACGCUUCCGGAAUCUGAAUAAGUUCUUGGAGGUGAAGAACCGAUACGAUCCUCUCGGCCACUUCUCGAACGAGUGGACCGACAAAGUUCUCAACAUCGGUGGAGCGAACGGGAGAAUUCAGACCUUGAGGCCCUUCUGUGCACUCGAGGGUCUGUGCAUUUGCUCCGAAGAUAUUCACUGCAACCCCGAAGCAUUCUAUUUCUGCAGAUCCGGCCUCGUCUUCAAGAAGGCUCGUGUGUGCCGGUUCGAGAAACCCGAAUUGCCAGAUGUUGCUCAUUAUUAAUCACCGCAUUCAUCUUCAUUCUUCCCAACGAUGCUGUAAUCUCUGCACCCUGUACAAGACGAGCUUUUCAUUGAUUUCGUCGGACUAGCCAAACCUUGAGCAUCUAAUCUGAUUCUCUCAGAAUGAAUAUAAUUCACGAGUUGAAUUCAUAACGCCAUCUGGUUCGUGUUAAGUCAGAUACUGGGCUCCAUGUAAACGACAAUCAAAGCCAGAUGUUCGUGAGUACCAAAUGAAAGUACCUGGUCGAUUAUCUCAGGCCAACGAAAAUAAAGAAAAGGGAAGUUAAGAAAGCAAGUUUAGAAGAUCUAUCUCUUGCUGCUGCUUUUUACGUUCCACUGAGUGCAUUUGGAUAUCCUGUUUUAUCAAGGCUAUAGAAUGUACCAGUGUAAAACUGUAUCUUCUCUCUAGUGUCAGAUCCUGCUCUUAUUAUCAUGUUGAUGUGCAAUUCUGUGGUCGGUGCCGGUUUCUGUGCCACCAGGAGACUCGCUCGCUCUUGACGGGUGGCAUCAUGACCUGAAGCCUACAGCUGGCGAAAUUGAAGUGAUUGUCGAUAGGAGGAACCGCAAACUCAAUGUGCAUUAAGCACAAGCAAGCGAUCUGACGAGGUACUUAUGGUCCGACUUAAGGGAAGGAGCUGAAUUAGUACGCGACUACAGAACGAAAGAAAACUUCCAAGUACACUCUAUGGGCUUUGUCAACCACAGCUCUUCUUACUGGCAGCUUUAACUUCCAAAACUCCCAUCAAUUGCAUAUGUCUCAGAUCGCGUGAGACUGCGGCUGAUCGCAUCUAUUGGAAAGAGCAUCAUGUAGGAACAAGAUAUACUCUAUCUGCAAAAUGGUAAAACAACAGCGGUGAACUUCUUGAAUAGAGUAGGAAUAUGGGAUUU